GUUGGACGGCCCUGCUUCCUAUUUGUUUCCAUGGCAAUAUACCUUAAAUGCUGCCUCUCAACUGUUUAGCACUAUGGCGGACCUGCUUAAUUAGAAAAGGUCAGUGAUCUUCCGAAUCAACAGGUCACCGAAUCAUCCUUGUGAAAAUGGCUGCCUGAUUUAGGCCGUUAUCCUUUGUAAGCAAACGUCGGAUCAAUUUAAGCAGAUUGAAUCAAAAAAACUAUUACAAAGGAAAUCGCCUGUUAUGAAAGAUAUGGAGACGGAAUUAUCAAACCCCCCGUCGGCCGAAUACAUUCCCCAGUUGAGCAGCAAGCCUGUUCUACAACCAAUGUCACCAAAGAAGAAAAUACUUCAACAAACAAGAAGUUUGUUAAAUUCUGUUUUUGGGGAUUUUGGCGGAUUUUGCAAUUUAAAAGAGACAAGCUCACCGACGACAUCCAAGAAAGGGAUUUCCUUGCCCUUUGCAAAUUACUUAAAGCAGUCAAAAAUAUUUGUAUUGAGGUCGUCACAAGAGUCAAAUGAAGAAAAAUCGUUUGAAACUGUAACAGACACACAUAAACCAUACAUUCAUUGCAUGAUGAGUGGAGCUAUCAUAGCUUCACCAUAUGCGUUUAAACAAGUUGGAAUUCCAAUGGGAAUCACAUUCGUUGUUUGUUUUGCCUUUUUAAUGGACUAUUGCACUCUAAUUUUAAUGCAGAACAGUAUAUUAACACAGCAAGACACAUACCAGGGAAUUAUCAGAGAGACAUUCGGAAACAAAGUUUUCUGGUUUCUUUCAAGCUUUCAAGUUCUGUUUUACAUAAGCUCAAUGACUUUUUAUCAUGCUCUUCUCGGUGAUAUGCUGCCCAAAAUGAUAAACAGACUGGUACUCAUCUGCGGGGUGGACGAUUUUCAAAUUGGAAGACAGUUCUCGAUAGCAAUGUCUGCUUUGCUGAUUCUGGUUCCUCUCAGUCUUUGCCGAAGCAUACGGUUGAUCUCUAAGUUUUCGCUGAUUUCUUUCUUUUGCAUAACAUCGUUGAUCACUUUUUCUCUGAUUCGUCUCACUACAAUCAGCAGACACGUGCCUUACACGCAUAGCCCUUUUAGAUUUUCCAACAUGAACGCUUUUCAGAGUAUCGGCAUAAUCGUGUUCAUGUACUUGAGUCAUCAUAGCUCAUACAUCUUCAAUGCAUCAAUACGAGACUCUUCUAAAUCGAGGUUCAGUAACACAACAUACGUCAAUAUUUCGUACAGCUUGCUGUGUACAUUGAUGCUGGGUAUCAUUGGCUUUAUCACGUUCAAAGGUCUUGUUCAAGGGGACUUCCUAGAAAACUACUGUGAAGAAGAUGACAUGGCAAAUAUCGUCAGACUGUGUAUAACAGUAAUGAUAAUAAUGCAAUACCCAUUAGAAUGUCAUGGAGGUAGAGAGAUAAUUUACGCAUCGUUCCUACCUCAAAGUGCAACGUCAUUGCCGCUUCAUAUUGGCCUAACAAUGGUUCUUGUGGUUCUCGCGUCGACGAUAUCGAUCUUUGUUGAUUGUGUUUCUCUCAUAUUAGAGAUUUCGGGUCUACUUUUUGCAGUCCCUCUGGUCAUAAUCAUCCCCUGUGGCAGUUUUCUACGAUUGUCGAAAGAAUCAAUAUACGGCCUACGCAAGCUGCCAUGCUUGGUGCUGGCAUCGGCAAGCUUCAUGAUCAUUCUCCUUGGUAUAGUCAUGGCAGCUUUCAUGCCCCAUGGGUGCAUUCAUACCACAAAAUACCUCCCAUACUGCAAUGGAAGCAGCGAACUUCUUUGACCAUUAAUAACACUGAUGUCAUUAAACGAGACAUCCCAACUCAAUCCACUACUUGAUGUCAAUGUCACCGAGUUUGGAUAUCAAAAUAUCACAGACAUUGCUGCAGCGUAUUUCACAUAGAGUAUUUAAAGGUUAGCUUCGAUUGAACUUAUCAGCUAAUUUUGUAACAGAAAUUCUGUAUAAUUUAUAUGGUUUUGAGUAAAUAGGCUUUGAAUGUUAUGUUUUGAUGGGUGAUGGUUCUCAUACUUGUAUUGAUUUCAAACUAAAUGCGAAAACUAAUUUCUGAUAACUUAACUUUUAAUAAACAAAACAAAGAAAAACAAGGGAAACUGGGAGGGAAGGAGAGCACAAAUUUAGAUUUUUUACAUAUAAUGAGUAAAAAAAUGAAAACAGCGAAAUGAACAGAGAGAAAAGCUGAAAGCGAAAACAUGAUUUAACUACCAGAGUGAUCAAGUUUGUGUCAAUUUUUCAUUAUAUUUCUUAAUUAACUUUCUGCUUUUUCAUAGUGUUGCUUUUCUUUUUCUGCAAAGAGCUUUUAAUGCCGAAAGGCAAAAAUUUAGAUAAAACACAUGACAAAAACCAUUAUCCGUGAAUUGUGGGAAAUUUGUUUUUAAAUCACGUGAUAACAAAAAUGCUGACAUCAGCAAAUACUGAAUAUGUAUGCAUCAAUCGAAAGUUAUCUUUGAAACCUUGUAUUACAAUCUAAAUUUCAUUGCAAUUUGACGAAUAUCGAUCGAGUUAUAGCUAUUUAAACACUGAAAAUAUACCAGAAAUGACGUCAUCGAUCUACGACAACAAAGGCUUUUCACAAAAGUUGCAAAUCGAAAUUUUCAAGUUUAAAGCUUAGUCGAACAGAAUCUGUUGAGAAAACGUGACUUAGCAUUUUUGUCAGAUUGUUAGGGCAUAUUCGGUUUACCUGUCGAAAUCAGGCAAUAUUUCUAGCUAAUUACAACUGCUUCCUUCAAAAUCCUCUUUAGGUAACAAACCAUGGAUUCAGGCUUUGAUAACUCAAAUGUUAGUUAUUAUUGGAACUCAAUACAUCGAUUAAGGGGGAGGGGAAAAUAAAGGCCCGUUUGGUGUGACAGUUUCUCAACAUUUCCACCCCGCACACCUACCCUGCAAUUAGAGGUUUCAAAAAGUCAUUCGAAAAUCGAAGAUAGCACCUCAACGUCGGUUUGACCUAAGCAUGCAUUCCGGUCACAAAAUACUGCUAAAUAGAGUAAAAAGGGUUUCUGGGGGAGAUAUUAGAAGAUUUUAAGGGGUGUUGGACCCAAAGUUGUCCUUAUUUGACCAUAACUGUUAUCAAUUACAUCUUUCAAUUAAAAUCAUAAAAAUUUACUGCUACAUUUGGAGUUGUUCUUCAUAGACAAUAAAGUCAUAUA